AUGUCGUACCGUACAAUUGCUUCAACUGAUUCAGAGAAUGAACAUUUCAGCGAAUCAAUUGAUAUGAGACCGUCUUUUUCAAAAACAAAACCUGGUCUAAAACGUGCUGUAGAAAAAACAAGUGCAAAAAAACCUAUGAAAAAAAAGCAGAAUAAAUUGAGUGCAUCAUACAGAGAUAAUGUUACCGAACGUUUGAGAUCAGAAGAAUUUGAUGUCGAGUUAAUUAAUUCGCUGACAUUUUAG